AUGUAUAAUAUGGCGCGUCUUCACAGGAGUUCCCGUCUAAGGGGAGCGCUCUACGUCUUCAGUGAGUUCGUUGAAACCGCCGACUUCCAUAGUUGAAAGGAACGCAGCAGAAGAGCUAGCCGACGCCACCUUACCGAAGACUUGCUGUUUUAACGAUGGCACAGACAAGUAGAGACUCUAAACUACAACUGGUGACCAGACACAUAAGAGCGUUUCCAGACUUCCCAUGUAAAGGAAUUCUUUUCAGACAUUUUUAACACCUCACUGGAGACAUGCCACAUACCAGCCUGCUUCAAGACCUCUACCAUCAUCCUCAUCCCCCAAAAAAACCAAGGCCCACAGGACACAAUGACUACAGACCUGUUGCCCUCGCCUCUGAGACAUCUGUCCCAUCAUGAAGGAUCCAGCCGCUCUGACAGCAGUGAUGGACCUUUUUGAAGAACACGUGAGACAGAUGCACCCUCAGGUUGAUCUGAUUGUCGGUCUAGAUGCUCGUGGUUUUCUGUUUGGUCCUCUUCUGGCCCAGAGGUUAGGAGCAGGAUUUGUCCUGGUCAGGAAGAAGGGCAAACUGCCGGGACCAACCGUUUCUGUGGUAUACAAUUUGGAAUAUGGCCAGGCUGAAGUCGAGGUCCAAGAGGAUUCAGUCAGUCCUGGACAGAAGGUCCUGCUCAUCGAUGACCUGUUGGCAACUGGAGGGACUUUAAAUGCAGCCUGUGAGUUGAUGACGAGGCAGCAGGCGGAGAUUCUCGGGUGUUUGGUCCUCGUCGAACUCAAAGAUUUAAAUGGAGCAGAAAAAGUCAAACCGCACACCGUCUUCUCUCUGGUGCAGUACUGACCAACUCAACAGACACAAGCAACCAUUGCCGUCAUCUGAGGGCUUUUCUAGCUUUUGCGUCAAGUCUACUUGGUUUAUUAUUAGCUCACUGAAUUUCUCCACUUUGAGGGGCAAUGAAAAACCUUUCAAAUGUUAAUUCAAGUCAGUAAAUUCACUGUCAUCAUUUUAAUUCCUAAACUGAGUUUUCUAAAUGCAGUGGUCUGCUUUAACGGAUCUCAUAAGCUCCUCUGGGCUUGUCUAAAUUAUAAACCUCCAUGUCUUUUAAAUGAGGCUCCUGUGAAGGCAGUACAAUGCAGCUGAAUGAGCCACUGGUACCUUUCAUUUUAUAAGUCCUCAUGUUAACAAGUGGCUCAUGUUUAGCUUGAAAUAAAAGCUUGAACUGUGCUACAAAGGUUUAGCAGCAAGCUCUGAUAAAAACGAAAACUAUUACUAAUUUUAAUUUUCCUGCAGCUUUAUAAAAGGCUGGAGUAAACCUUAAAAUGGGUUCAAAUUAUGAAAUGUUUUUAAUGUAAAAAAAAAAUAAUGGAAGCAAAUUUAUUUUUUCAGCUAAGGUUCAUUUGUCUGCAUGACGCUGUAUAAUGGAAACAUGAGUAAUUAUUAACGGUUUUCAAAUUACUGAAUGCAUUUUUACCAUGACUACCAGUUUAUAAGUCGUGUCAGUUGUAUGUCUUUGUCUUACGUUGAUUCAAGUUGAUUCUCUGGAAUCAACAUUGCUAAUAAGCUUCAGGAUUUUUUUAUGCGUGUUCAGGAAUUGUUCAUUCAAUAUAGGACUAAGGUUUUUGUCUGAGUUAAGAUUCAAUGACUUACUCGUGUUCAAAUUUCUUUAAAUGACAGUAAACGAGGUUCAUGGUAUGGUAGUGCUGAAAUAUGCAUUUCAUGUUGAAAUGAGAAAGUAAUAAACUAAAAGCAGUUUUCAUUUAAACAGUACGUUAAUUUUCUGUUGUGGAUCAUAUGAUAUGAUGUCUAAUGAAACCGAAAUAAAGUCCUAUCUGUGCCACUGAU